AUGAACAGAUCAGAGAACUUGUUCUUUACUGGCUCCUCAUUAGCAUCCCAAGUUCAUGCUGCUGCUAUUAACGGAGAUAAGGGUGCUCUUCACAGGCUCAUCAUAGGAAAUGCUGCCCUUAAAGACAAAGAAGAUCAAUUUGGGAGAACACCACUGAUGUACUGUGUGCUGGCUGACAGACUGGACUGUGCGGAUGCGCUCCUGAAGGCAGGAGCAGACGUGAAUAAAACGGACCAUAGCCAAAGAACAGCCCUCCAUCUUGCAGCUCAAAAGGGAAAUUAUCGUUUCAUGAAACUCUUACUCACACGUAGAGCGAAUUGGAUGCAAAAGGAUCUAGAAGAGAUGACUCCUCUGCACUUGACCACCCGACACAAGAGCCCCAAGUGUUUAGCGCUUCUGCUGAAGUUUAUGGCGCCAGGAGAGGUGGAUACACAGGAUAAAAACAAGCAAACAGCUCUGCAUUGGAGUGCCUAUUACAACAACCCUGAGCACGUGAAGCUGCUUAUCAAGCAUGAUUCCAACAUUGGGAUUCCCGAUGUUGAGGGCAAGAUCCCGCUUCAUUGGGCAGCCAACCACAAAGACCCAAGCGCUGUGCAUACAGUGCGGUGCAUUCUGGAUGCUGCUCCAACGGAGUCUUUACUGAACUGGCAAGACUAUGAGGGGCGAACACCUCUUCACUUUGCAAUCGCUGAUGGGAACAUGACAGUGGUUGAUGUCUUGACCUCAUAUGAAAGCUGCAAUAUAACAUCUUAUGAUAACUUGUUUCGUACUCCACUUCACUGGGCAGCUCUACUAGGCCAUGCACAGAUUGUCCAUCUCCUUUUAGAAAGAAAUAAGUCUGGAACCAUCCCAUCCGAUAGCCAAGGAGCAACACCCUUGCACUAUGCAGCUCAGAGUAACUUUGCUGAAACAGUUAAGGUCUUUUUAAAACAUCCUUCAGUAAAAGAUGACUCAGACCUUGAAGGAAGAACAUCCUUUAUGUGGGCUGCCGGGAAAGGCAGUGAUGAUGUCCUUAGGACUAUGCUGAGUUUAAAAUCUGACAUUGAUAUCAACAUGGCAGACAAAUAUGGAGGUACAGCUUUACAUGCUGCUGCCCUUUCUGGCCAUGUCAGCACCGUGAAGCUAUUAUUGGAAAAUAAUGCUCAAGUAGAUGCUACUGAUGUCAUGAAACAUACUCCACUUUUUCGAGCCUGUGAGAUGGGACACAAAGAUGUGAUUCAGACCCUUAUUAAAGGUGGAGCAAGGGUAGAUCUAGUUGACCAAGACGGACAUUCUCUUCUUCAUUGGGCAGCACUGGGAGGAAAUGCCGACGUUUGCCAGAUAUUGAUAGAAAAUAAGAUCAAUCCUAAUGUGCAAGAUUAUGCAGGCAGAACCCCUCUGCAGUGUGCUGCUUAUGGGGGAUACAUCAACUGCAUGGCGGUGCUCAUGGAGAAUAAUGCAGACCCCAACAUCCAAGACAAAGAGGGAAGAACAGCUUUGCACUGGUCCUGUAACAACGGAUACCUCGAUGCCAUUAAAUUACUACUAGACUUCGCUGCUUUCCCUAAUCAAAUGGAAAACAAUGAAGAGAGGUACACGCCCCUGGAUUACGCUUUGCUUGGUGAGCGCCAUGAAGUGAUCCAGUUCAUGCUGGAGCGCGGCGCCCUGUCCAUCGCGGCCAUCCAGGACAUCGCUGCCUUCAAAAUCCAAGCUGUGUACAAAGGCUACAAGGUCAGGAAAGCUUUCCGAGACCGCAAGAACCUCCUCAUGAAGCAUGAGCAGCUGAGGAAAGAUGCUGCUGCCAAGAAGCGAGAGGAAGAAAACAAGCGAAGAGAGUCAGAACAGCAGAAGGGAAGACUGAGUCCAGAUUCCUGCAGGCCCCAGGCCCCUCCGUGUCUGCCCGGCACCCAGGCUGAGCCCCCCGGGCAGAGCGGGGGCCCCAGCAAACAGCCUCCCGCCAGCCAUGCGGCCCAGAGCCCUGAGCGGAGAAUCUGCAGAGGGUCUCUGGGCAGAGCCCCAGAGCAACACCUCUCCCCAGACUUGCAGGGAACAGACCCCAGGAAGCCAAAUGAAACAUCCAGAGAACCUUCUAAAGGCCGAUCUGCCUGUGUCCACUUCAGCCCCGAUGAAGGCCACGAUGGGCACAGGUGCCCAGGAGUCUCCUGUGCUGAGAAGCCCAGAGGGGAGAGCGUGGGCGAGCAGCACUGUGACAAGGGGAAAGGCUCCGGGAGGCAGCCCCCCUGUGCCAGGGCUGCUGGGCCUGAGGAGAAGGGAGAGGACGCCGGCGGGGCAGCUGCCAGCCUUCCCCAGCAGGACGGCCCCCGGAAGCCCUGCAGGCAGCAUGACGCAGCCCCCAAGGUCAAGUGUGGCUCCCAGAAAAGGCGCAUUCAGGAGCUCCGAGGAGGGAGGUGCUCCCCAGCUGGUUCUAGCCGGCCUGGCAGUGCCAAGGGGGAGGUGGCCCAUGCCGGGCAGAGUCCUCUCCACCAUCGGACACCAAGACACAAAGGGACACAGGACAAGCUCGAAGGAGAGAGCUACUCAGACCCGCCCCGGAGGACAGAGGCGUUGAGGCCAGGAGUCAGGAAGGCGGGGCCGUCCACCCCAUCCGAGGACGCUCGGACGCCUAAGGAGACACAUCCCGCUCCCGGGCCCCUCUCCGGGCAGAGUGUGAACAUCGACCUUCUUCCUGUGGAGCUGCGGCUGCAGAUCAUCCAGAGAGAACGAAGCAGGAAAGAGCUGUUUCGCAGAAAGAACAAGGCAGCAGCCGUCAUCCAGCGGGCCUGGAGGAGCUACCAGCUCAGGAAGCACCUAUCCCACCUUCUGCAUAUGAAGCAGCGUGGAGCCAGAGAUAUGGACAGAUGGAACCGAGAAUGCACAGCAUUGCUCCUCCAGGUUUGGAGAAAGGAACUGGAAAUAAAACCCUCAAAAGCCACUGCAGUGAGCAGGAUCACCAAGAAUCCACCCAAGAACAGCUCAGGCACAAAGUCCACCAGGCACUCAGUGCUCAAGCAAAUCUACGGUUGCUCUCAAGAAGGGAAAGUACAUCAUCCCACAAGAUCUUCAAAAGCCCCUUCCGUGCUGCGUCUCAACUCAGUGAGCAAUUUACAGUGUAUACACCUUCUUGAGAACAGUGGAAGAUCAAAGAACUUUUCUUAUAACCUGCAAUCAGCCACUCAAUCAAAAUACAAAACAAAGCCUCGACUGCCUCUAGAGGAAGACUGUGCCCGGGGUAACUGGAAUAAGCUAGUGUAG